GAUUUUUUCUCACUCAAAAACAAAAAAUGGAACCUAACGAAAGUCACCACCUCCACCAACAACACCAACAACAGCAGCAGCAGCAACGUCUCAGCUCUCCUUACUUCCACCACCUGCAACACCACCAUCCAUCCACCGUAUCAACCACCACUCUUUCUCCCGGAAACGCCGUUCCACCUUCCAACAAUGGUCUUUUCCCGCCGCAACCGCAGGCUAACGAUGGUUCCUCAUCUCACGCCGUGUAUCCUCAUCACUCAGUACCUUCCUCGACGGUAACAGAGCCGUUGAAGAGGAAACGAGGUCGUCCGAGGAAGUAUGUGACGCCGGAGCAAGCCCUGGAGGCUAAGAAAAUGGCGUCUGCCGCGAGCAGUUCGUCUGCUAAGGAGAGGAGAGAGCAAGCAGCUGCUGCUGCAGCUGGAGGAGGUGCUACGACGUCGUCUAGUUCCGCAGCUUCGAAAAAAUCUCAGCUUGGUUCUGUCGGGAAAACUGGGCAGAGCUUUACUCCACAUAUCGUUAAUAUAGCUCCUGGUGAGGAUGUGGCUCAGAAAAUUGUGAUGUUUGCACAACAAAGCAAGCAUGAGCUAUGCGUUCUUUCUGCAUCAGGGACCAUCUCUACUGCAUCGUUGCGCCAGCAAGGAGGCAACAUAUCAUAUGAGGGUCAGUACGAGAUUAUCUCGCUAUCCGGAUCAUUUAUACGGGCUGAACAAGGUGGGAAGACCGGUGGACUUAGCGUUUCUUUAUCUAGAUCUGAUGGUCAGAUUAUUGGAGGAGCUGUUGGGACUCACUUGACAGCUGCUGGCCCGGUUCAGGUGAUUCUUGGUACGUUUCAGCUUGAUAGAAAAAAGGAUGCUGCAGGGAGUGGUGUGAAAGGAGAAGCUUCUAACAGUGGAAGUCUGUUAACUUCUCCCUCUACCACUGGACCUGGCCCGGGCCCUGGACCAUUGCUUGGAAUGGGUUUCCGUUCUGUUAUGGAUUCUCCGGGAAGAAAUCCAAUGAGGGGAAACGAUGAGCAGCAGCAUCAUCAACAUCAACAAACCGGUAUGGGUGGAUCUCAUCAUCAUUUCAUGAUGCAAGCACCACAGGGAAUGCACAUGACACAUCCCCGGCCAUCUGAAUGGGGAGGAGGAGGAGGCAACAGUGGUCUUGACGGUAGAGGUGGUGGUGGGUAUGAUUUGUCAGGACGUCUAGGACAUGAGUCGUCGGAGAAUGGAGGUUACGAGCAGCAAAUACCGGAUUAGCAUCUAUACCCAAGCUUCCAGAGACGUGUGUAGUGUUUAGAUCCAAAUUUAGAAACUGAAGCCCUGAGCAAGAAUCUGAACUGAGAGAGAGAUAGGACUUACAGAAGCUUGUCUGAAGUUGAGUGAUGCUUUUGUUCUUUCUUAGUUAACGGUGCCAAUAUGUAUAAACUCCACAGCCUUUCUUUCUUUCUUUCAGUAAACAGCUGAUCCUGCUUCUCUUUCAUUUCAUUUAUUUUCUUCUCCUGUGUUUAUAUAUUUUUUGUUUUUGUUUUGGUUACAUGAAAUGAAAAUGCUCUUUCUUAAGAAUAUAAAUACAUCUUUU